AUGGCUGAAAUGGUGUCCGCAUCUGCGAGUCUGAUCACACUAAUGUCAAGGGAUUUGAAUGAGUUUCUAAGUUCUGAUGAGGUUGAAAUUCCAAAUAGUUUAAAGCAACUGCAGAAAAUUGCUCGCUCUGAGGAGUUUUCAGAGUCAGUAACCCGUGGUUGCCAGGCUACGACGGUUGGGAUUUUAAGAGGUUGCAAGAUAGAAACCGACAAGUGUGCGAUUCAAGAAGUGGAUGGUUCGUGUUUUCUGGAAAAGAUGAUAGAUAAACUGAUGUCAACUGCAGGGACAGAGUUUUCCUCAAUCGUUGUUGGUAGUUUUGCCAGGAAUUUGGUUUUGGGGUUUCAGGCUCAUAAGAUGUCGAGUUCCCCGACGUGGGUAAGUGUGGUGUCUGAUGAUAAAUGCAGAGCGUUGGUAGCUGACUGUAUCAGGACUUUUGUUACGGCUGCGGCUGCAGUUUGUGUCGACAAAACUGUGGAUGUCAACUUUUACGAUGAAAUGUUCUCCGGCUUGACUAACCCUAAACACCAAAAUAAGGUGACUGACCUCUUAGUUUCUCUUUGUAAUGGGGCUGUUGAAACCCUUGUUAGGACCUCUCAUCAAGUGCUGACAGCCUCGAAACAAAGUCAAAUGUUGGGAUCAGUGGAAUCUGGUAAGAAUGGACGUAUUGGUCUAAAGAACACUGGAUGGGUUGAUAGUGUUUCAUCAACACUCGCACUGCCAAGAAAUCGCAAGUUUGUGCUUGAUGUAACUGGCAGGGUGACAUUUGAAACAGUUAGAUCGGUCAUCGAGUUUUUCUUGUGGAAAAUGUCCGAGGGCUUGAACAGAAGUGUGGAUGUGGUUGCGGACAGAGGAUUUGAAGUUGUCAGAUACAUUGGCGCCAAGUCUUCUGUUAUUCUUACUGUAUGUCUUGUAUUGUUUUUACAUAUCCUCGGCAACGCUCCAGUUUUGUUGCCUGAAUAA